GACCACACCGCAGUGAGCCUCGAAGGCCAGGAGCGCUCACUGAGGAUCUGCUCCGCAUACAUGGGGCAUGAACAACCAGACCCCCCUCCACACGCGCCUCUUCGGGCUCUAAUCGCAGACUGCUCGGCCAAGGACAUCGGCCUAAUUGUGGGGUGUGAUGCCAAUGCACAUCACUGUCAGUGGGGAAGCACUGACACGAACGAAAGGGGUGAGUACCUUUUCAGUUACUUACUGACCACACAGAUGGUCUUAUUAAACCGGGGUAGUGAUCCCACCCUUAUCAUUAAAAACCGCAAGGAGGUCCUGGACCUCACGCUUGCCUCUCAUGAGAUACAGCGUAACAUUGUAUCCUGGAGGGUCCUGGAAGAGCACUCCUUCUCGGACCACAGGUACGUGGAAACUGUCUUCUCCUUCUCAGUGUCGAAGCCAGUCCAAUUCCGGAACAUCAGGCGGACAAACUGGACUCGGUAUUCUGACUACCUCUGUCGUGUUCUCCCUGAGCCCCCAUCUGAGGAGGAGUUCUCCACGGAGGCCACGACUCGUCUUCUUAAGAUCUUUACCGACGCCUGCAAUAAGGCGCUCGACAAAGCAUGCCCCUCUGGCAAGAACAGAGGCCGGAAGAAACCUGAAUGGUGGAAUCCGAAACUGGGUGAACUCCGGAAAGCCUCCCGGAGACUCUUCAAUAAAGCUGCUGAAAACGUUGAGCAAAACUGGGCCGAGUACAAAGCCAGUCUGUCAACCUACAACAAAGAACUUAGAAUAGCCAAACGCGCCUCCUGGCGUAAGUUCUGCAGCGAAAUCGAGAGUAACUCAGAAGCCUCACGCUUGCGCAGAGUUCUCUCGAAGACAACACCCACCCUGGGCUACUUGAAGAACACCGACCAGUCGUGGACUACGUCCAGCGAGGAGUCGCUAAAUCUUCUCCUAAAUACCCACUUCCCUGGCUGCGAUGAAAACAGACCCAACUACCUCGCGCCUCCUUCCGUCGCCUCAAAUGCCAUCCUGAGACUGCUAAGCCAGGAGAACAUUUCCUGGGCGAUCAGAAGUUUUAAACCCUACAAGUCCGCGGGGCCAGACGGCAUUUUCCCUGCCCAACUGAUUCACGCGGGACACAAAGCCAUUAACUGGCUCAAAAUAAUCUACGAGGGAAUCUUCUCCCACGGGUGCAUUCCUGACACCUGGCUUCAGACCAAAGUCGUAUUCAUACCCAAGGCAGGCAAGCCCUCGCACACUGCCCCAAAUGAUUUCAGACCCAUAAGUCUAUCGUCUUUUCUUCUAAAGGCGAUGGAGCGGCUCCUG